CUCGCACAGGUAUAUAUAAUCCCCCUCGAACUAUAAUAAAAGACGGGUUUGUUCAAGUUAGAGAGAGAAAGAUAAGUAAAGAGAGAAAGAGAGAUGGAUCACUCAGCAGAUGCUCACAGAACGGAUUUGAUGACCAUAACGAGGUUCGUGUUGAACGAGCAAUCCAAGUAUCCUGAGUCUCUUGGUGAUUUCUCUAUUUUGCUCAAUCACAUUGUUCUUGGCUGCAAGUUCGUUUGCUCUGCUGUUAAUAAGGCGGGUCUAGCCAAACUUAUUGGACUUGCUGGGGAGACCAAUGUUCAGGGCGAAGAGCAAAAGAAGCUUGAUGUUCUGUCAAAUGAAGUGUUCAUUAAGGCCCUAGUAAGCAGUGGCCGAACAUGCAUCCUUGUCUCGGAAGAAGAUGAUGAAGCAACAUUUGUGGAGCCUUCAAGGCGCGGGAGGUACUGUGUUGUAUUUGAUCCAUUGGAUGGAUCCUCCAACAUUGAUUGUGGUGUUUCUAUUGGAACGAUUUUUGGGAUUUACAUGGUGAAAGAUGGCCAUGAACCAACUCUAAAUGAUGUGUUGCAACCUGGGAAGAACAUGCUUGCAGCCGGCUAUUGCAUGUAUGGAAGCUCUUGCAUGCUUGUCUUGAGCACCGGAUCUGGUGUUAAUGGUUUCACCCUGGAUCCAUUCCUUAGGGAGUUCAUACUUACUCACCCUGAAAUAAAGAUUCCAAAGAAGGGAAAGAUUUAUUCAGUGAAUGAAGGAAAUGCAAUUAAUUGGGAUGGUCCAACAGCCAAGUAUGUUGAAAAAUGCAAGUUCCCCGAGGAUGGAUCCUCAGCAAAAUCUCUAAGAUACGUUGGAAGCAUGGUAGCUGAUGUCCAUCGCACAUUACUUUAUGGGGGUAUAUUUUUGUACCCUGCGGAUAAGAAGAGCCCCAAUGGGAAACUGCGUGUUCUAUAUGAAGUCUUCCCGAUGUCCUUUUUGAUGGAACAAGCAGGAGGGCAGGCUUUUACUGGCAAGCAACGGGCACUGGAUUUAGUUCCAACGAAGAUACAUGAGCGCUCUCCUAUAUUUCUUGGCAGCUAUGAUGACGUCGAGGAAAUCAAAGCACUCUAUAUAUAAUGCUGAAGAGAAGAAAGAAUAAACACCUAUAUAUACUGUGGCUAUAUUUGUUAUGGCGCUGCACCAUGCCAGAAUGCUCGAAAUUCCGAAGGGGGUUAUUUGUUAUUACUUGUAUUAUAGUACUCAUAAUAUUUUCAUAGCCUUUAAUUGUUCUAUGGGCAUUUGACCUGUUUCUGAUAAUCUAUUUCAUCAGAAAAAGCGUUUUCAUUUCA